ACGCGCACAUAUUUCUCGGUGUUUCUCAUGGAAGCGUCAUGUCACUUCCCUUUCACUUCUUCCGGCAGCAGAAACAAUUAAUUGUUGCUGGUCAACUGUAAUUGACAAAGUUCAAUCAACUUGUGACCUUCUGAUAGAAUAAUAAGAAAUAUUAAAUGGGUUUUUAUUUUCAUCUCACCGAAGUAAAAUUGUGAAAGACGGAAGAAAUCUCGGACGAAGAAAUACAUUAAAAAAAAUAUAGUUAUUCGUUUGAAGUUGUCUUUACGCCAUCCUGACAUUUCAGUUAGUUCCAAGUAAAAGAUCUGUGACAAAAAUAUUAUAACUGUCUUAGAGAUUUUGUAGUUGGAAUAUUAUUGAAGGGCUGUAAGUUGCGUUGAGACUGUCCUUGUCCACGUAGACAUCAAGUUUGACCGUAAUUAGGACAUGACUCGUUGAUAUUCCCAAAAGUAGACGACCAAAGUAAAUAUGGCUUCGUAUUUCGAUGAACACGACUGCGAACCUUUAGGAGAGGGACAAGCACCAAAUCACACACUCUCAUUAGCCAGGUUAUUACUACAGUAUGGAAUGUCGCUAGAAUGGUGGUCUGAAGUUCAAAGAAUCUUUGGCAAUGAAAUGAGUACACCACCAACAUCUAAGAAAGUAAUUGAGUCUCUACCAACAAGAAAAGUAACAGCAUCAGAAACAGAAGAUUCUCUCAAAUGUACAAUAUGUCUUGGUGAGUUUGAGGAAAAUAAUGAAAUAAAGACUUUACCUUGCAACCAUCAGUUUCACAGUAGUUGUAUCCUACCAUGGUUAGAGAAGGUUAACACAUGUCCAAUGUGUCGGACAGAAUUCCCAACAGACAAUCCAGAGUAUGAAGAAUACCGGGCUCACAAGGCUCGCCAGAAACAGAGAGAUUUUGAACUUGAUUCUUUACAUAAUUCCAUGUUUGGUUGACUUAAACCCUGUAUAAAGGCUUUGUUAAGAAAUAAAUCAAAUAUAAAACUCACACUUUUAA